AAAACUGUUGUCUGCCGCCGGGACAGUUGCACAAUUCAUUUCACAGACAAAGAUACAUUGACAUCAUUUAUAGGUCGUAAAAACAAAUCUUAUUAGCCUGGCAGCAUGGCUGAAGAAGCAUCUAAACCCAUUUCUACAGUCUCUGACAGUCUGCUAGAGUCUGUUCUUGUAAAAAGUCCUAUAGGUAGUGUAGAAAAUCAUGGAGCAAUUUCAGAUAAGGAGAAAGAACUUAUUGCUGAUGCCUUGAAGGAUCUUAGAAGAUUUAAACACUAUGAGGAAGACAUAGAAGAUGACCCUUCAUCCAAGAAACACAGCCAAAAGAAGGGUAAUCCCCACAGCAAAGUUGUAGAGGAUAGUGGGAAAUCCGGAAGCAAGAAUUUAAGUGAUUAUGUAAAUGCCGAAAUGGCUGAGCUUACUCUAGAGUUAAAAAUGAAAGAAAAACAUGAGAAAGAGAAAGACACAGGUCAUUCAGUAGAGCAUGGGAGGAAAAAGAUUGCUAGUAUUUCUGAAGACAUGCAGUCUGAAUUUCUUGAAAGCUACAAAGACAUGUGUAGUAAUAUUGCCAAGAAAGCUGAAAAUGUUGAUGUUCAUGAAAUGAAGAGUAACCCAUUUGAACAUGGUGCUGAUAAAAAUGUUAUGAAAGAUGUGGUUAGAGAAGUGGCCCAUGAUGGUAGGCCGAAACAAGUUGAUGGAGCUGAAGAUAGUAGCAAGAAAACUCCUAAGAAGAAGAAAGAUAAAAAGAAAGGCAAUACCCCAGAACAAGAUGCCAGUCCGGCCCUGGGUUCCUAUAGUCAGCUGUUGAGGACAAUGGGCAGACAGGACCAGAAGUCACCGAGGAGCAAAAACCAAAGGAUGAGAGAGGAAGUUGAAGCUUUGGAAGCCGCUCUUCAUGCUGCUGUACCAGAGCUGGCCAUGUAUGAAGACAAGGCACAAAUGUCCAGCUCCAGCUCGGACAUGAUCCAACCCAGUAGGAACAAAAAGAAAAAAGACAGGAAAGCUAAAAACCAGAACCAACAACCAGAGUUUGUUUUUCAAGAGCUACCAAACCAGCCAGGCCAAGGCAAGAAACAGAAGUACAAACAACAGAAAGAUGGAAAUCCAGAAUUAUCCCACCCCCAGGGGGAGAGAGUUGACAGUAGACCAGACAGUGGAAACAGACAAGGCAAGAAGAAGAAGCAGAAAUAUCCACAGGAGCCAGCCUUUCACAGACAGGUAUCAUCAGAAAGCAGCCCUGCAGGCAGUUCUGGCCGACCCCUGAAGGGCAAGGGGAGGUCAACAGAUGACCUUCAGGCUCAAAUGCCAGCCCUCCCUGUUCAUGAAGAGACUACAAUGGAAGUGACUGUGCCUAAAGCGGAACAUAUGUUUGUGGUCGGACCACAGGGUCAGCACUUGAGCGACAUUUUAAAACUUACAGGGGUAACAAUCACAGUGCCCCCUUUCAAUUCUCCAUUGGAUAAGGUCGUUCUCAAGGGAGGAUACCAGCAGCUUAGUCGCGCUUUUGACAUGAUGAUCUCAAAGAGCCAGGAAGCACAGAAAGCCUUUUUACAGGGAUAUAUACCUGGGCAGAUGUCAGGUCAAUGCCAAAGGGGUAAAAAAGGCCAAAGGCCUAAAGAGGGUGAAACUUUCCAUGUUAAUGAUGAUGGCCUAGACCUUGAUGUGAAUACAGAGGUCAAAGACUCUCACACAGCUCAAAGGUCAAAUGCCGGUCAAGGUCAAAGGUCACAGACAGGUCAGACGUACCGGAAAUCUGACAAUCAAAGGAAAUCGGACAAUCCAAAUUGGCGUAAGCAAGAUCAGCAUUACAGUUCACAUCAUGGGAAAGGUCAACAAUACAAAGGUCAAAGGACAUCAAGCCAACCAGAGGUCAAAGGUCAAGUUCAAAACAAAGGUCAAGCUGUAGAUCAAGGCCAAGGUGCUGUAGCUAAAAGUCAAGGGAAGCGACAGAGAAAGAGACAGAAUGUUUUCACUGAGUAUUUGCCGAGGGAGGAGGUUUCAGCAGGUCUCAAGAGAGGCAUACUAGUUGAAGGGCCAAUCAGAAUCAACCCCAAGAAUUAUGAGGAAGGGUAUGUCCCCCAUCCAGAUGGAGUGUCCGACAUCUUGAUUGGGUCAUUCAAGCACCGUAACCGGGCCCUUAAUGGGGAUGUGGUUGCCGUGGAGAUAUUUGGCGAGGGAGAUUGGAAGUUUAACAAAGAGGAACUGGCAGGCUAUGAACUUGACCUAAAGGCCCAUGAAAAAGUACAUUCAGACGAUGAGGUGUUAAUUGAAGCUGAAGAAAUAAUUGAAAUAGCUGAUAAAGGCAAAGCUGAUGCAAAUCAACCAGACACUUCUAGUCAGACUGUUGAAAAUUCCGACCAAAAGUUAAAAACAGGAAGUAGUACACCAAGCAAGACUCCUAAAAAGGAGAGGCAUUCAAAGGGAGAAAAGUCAAAGGAAUGUAAUUUUAGUCCAUCUAAGAGAUAUACAAGUCUGAACGAUGUGAUGUCAGUGGAAAGUCCACUGAAGAAGCAUUUUGGGUCUGAUAAAGGGAAGGAACAAUAUCGUCAGAUGCUACAGAGAACGGGCAAGGUGGUGGCGAUCAUAGAAGAGAAGCACUCUAGGGCGUGUACGGGUCAGAUUCGGCCCAUGCUGGACAAAUACUGUGGGUAUGCAAUGUUUGCACCCAACGACCAUCGCAUGCCCAGGAUGAUGAUACCCAUAACUGAUUGCCCUAAAGAUUUCCUGGAGAGGCCAGAGGAUCACUCCAGAACCUUGUAUGUGGGGCGUGUCACUGACUGGAGGGUGGACUCCAUGAUGGCAGAUGGGCGCCUGGCUCGUAGUCUGGGGGAGGCAGGAGAGAUAGAGCCCGAGACAGAGGGAAUGUUGAUCGAGAAUGGAGUGGACUUUGAGGAAUUUCCACAACAGGCCUUAGACUGUCUGCCCCAAAACUUGCCGUGGAGCAUUCCGGAAGAAGAAUUUGAAGAGCGAGAAGACUUUCGCAAGUGUUGUAUAUUUACUAUUGACCCGGCCACAGCACGUGAUCUUGAUGACGCCCUGUCCUGUGAGGACUUGGGAAAUGGUCGGUACAAAGUUGGUGUGCACAUAGCAGAUGUGAGCUACUUUGUGGAGGAAGGCACAGUAUUAGAUAACAUAGCGGGGCUUAGAUCCACCAGUGUCUACCUAGUUCAUAAGGUGAUUCCGAUGUUGCCAAGACUUCUUUGUGAAAAGCUGUGCAGUUUGAACCCAGAUGAGGACAGACUGACCUUCAGUGUUCAAUGGACCAUAACUGAACAAGGCGAGAUAGAAGAGGAAUGGUUUGGGCGUUCAAUCAUCCGCUCCUGUGUAAAGCUUGCCUAUGACCAUGCCCAGGGCUUUAUUGAGGAGCCUGACCGCGCCUGGAAACCCGAGGAGUUGCCACAAAUAUCAGAGGGCUUCACUGUGGAGGAUAUCAAGAAGAGAGUGCUCAACCUGCAUAAGAUAGCAUUGAACCUUCGAAAGGGUCGGUUUGACAGUGGGGCUCUGCGUCUAGACCAGGUGAAGCUACAGUACAGUCUGGACUCAGAGACAGGGAUGCCCAAUGGUUACACUGUCUACCAGCAGAGGGAUAGCAAUAGACUGGUUGAAGAGUUUAUGUUGCUUGCAAAUAUGGCCGUAGCUCAUAGAAUCAACCGGGAAUUCCCAGACAAAGCAUUGUUGAGAAGACAUCCACCUCCACAGAGUAAAAUGCUGGAAAACUUGAGUGACCAGUGUAGUGCGUUAGGUAUUCACAUUGACACAAGCAGUGCUGGGGCCUUUCAGCGCUCGUUGUUGAACUACUCUGGCGAUGAUGACUAUGCCUCGGCCAGGAUGCAGGUGUUAGUGGCACUCUGUGCUAAACCCAUGCAGAACGCUCGCUACUUCUGUACGGGCUGUAUAGACGAUGAGUCCUUGUAUCACCACUAUGCUCUGAAUGUGCCACUUUAUACCCACUUCACAAGCCCCAUAAGACGAUAUCCUGACAUUCUCGUUCAUAGAUUACUGGCUGCAUCGUUAGACUAUUGCCCGGAGCCCAGCAAAUCUCCAGGGGACAUCCACAAGCUUGCAGACAAUGCCAACGACAAGAAGACAGCGGCCAAAAGAGUUGGAGACCUCAGCAGUGAUCUCUUCUUUUCAGUAUUUGUUAAGACGGCCGGGCCUCUGGAAGAGAGAGCCAUGGUCAUGGGUGUGAUGGACAAGUCCUUCGACAUCUUUGUUCUGCGUCUUGGUGUUACAAAAAGAGUCUACUGUGAUAAACUGCCUCUGAAAGAGAAAAUAUUCCGCCGAGAACGGAAGGUACCCAGCUUGGUUCUUGUGUGGGCGGAGGAAAAUGGGGAACCAGAAGUGCGACAGGAAAUCUCUAUCUUCUCAUUGGUGGAUGCUGUAUUGGCUGUGGGGGACCAGCCACUCAUGUGGACGGCCGUUAUCAAGCGACCCCAAUUCUCUGUUGGAAUGGAAGAUUUCCUGCAGUGUAACCCUGUACAGCCAAAUGAAGAAACCAGUCUAGAAGAUCAGGUUGCCAGUCUUAAUUUAGAAGACAACAAUGGACUGGUUACUGAAAAUUCAGCUUCACAGCAAGACUCAUGUGAAACCAGUCAGUUGACUGAAAAGCCCUCUGAAAAUGUGUCCUCAGAGCCAUAAAACUUCUUGUCUUUUGAUGUGCUUUACUCUUAUAUGUGUUACUGUGGUAAGGAAGGUGAUAGUGAUUUUUAUACAACAAGUGUUCAACUUGCACGUUUUAUUUUUGGGCCCAUUUUGUCUUCAUAUAGUUUAAGUUUACUCCUAUUGAAAGAGCUGGCCCCAUCUUAAGUACCAUAUAAAAGGAGUAAGCUGAGAUCACAUUUUUUGUUUGGUAUAAUUUGUGUAAUAUUUACGUUCUGAAGAAUUUGUAGACUAUAAAAGGAAAUUGUCUUUAUGAUAAUCACUUUAAACUCAUUUUUGUUUAGUAAAGACAAUAUUAAGGAAGGAAGUUGUUUUAAUGAUAUAAGCUACUUAGCCUUAGGGUUGGUAUGCUUGAAGCUGCACAGAUAUACCAUUUUUACAAUUUUUUUUAUUUUUUGUCUUGGAAAGGGCAAAUUUUUGCAUUAAUAUCUGCAAGCCAAUGAUAAAAGAUUGCGGACAAAAAAACAGAUCAUAGAUUUUCAUAUUUCCGUUCGAAAAUUAAUGUUUAAUGGCUUAAACCGUUAGUAAAGGUUAAAAAAAAAAUGCAUACAUUAUCAUGUUUUGUACUUAAAAUGAAAAAAUCUGUGAUCUGUUUUUUUCUUCAGCAGUCUUAUAUAACUGGUUUCUAUGGAUAUUCGCAAAAAUUGGCUCGUUCCAAGACAUUGAGAUUUUUAUGACUUUUCCGUAACAAGUUUCAUAAAAUGUUGAAUAAAAUAGCAACAAAUGUAAUUUCUUUUCAUCAUAUGACACAAAUGUCGCCCAAAAUAAGAUUUUAUUUUUAUUCUAUUUUGGUACGGUUAGUAGGGCGAAAUGACAUCAAACGUCAAGUUACACUAGUUUACACAAAUAUAAAAUAAUACAUACUGGUUGUUUAUCACGGGAUAUAGGGAACGUCAUGCGAUAGAUAGGGGAUAGUAUGCUAGGACGCUUGUCUGACAUCCUGUAUCACAUCGAGUGUCUUGUAAGCAUAUCACAUAUCUGUUAAGACUGUGUAGAAUCGAGAUGGAUGCAUGUUUAAACACCAAAAGGGACGUGAUACAGGUUAUCAAAAAGGCGUCCUAUCGUAAUAUUCCUUCUAUAAUAAGUUUCUCUUCAUUUUUUAAAUGCUUUAACUUACUGCUUUUGAUUUAAACCACUGUAACUGCACUAAGAUUUUCUGUAACAUUUCCUGUCUCGGCUACAUCGAGCUUAUAUGAAGGAAACACUGUCUCUUGAACAGCAUUGUUCAAGAAAAUAACAUUACAGUAACAUGCAUAUCCAUGUAUUAGAAGAAAACCUUAAAUUUAACCAUAAUUAAUUCAUGGAAAUGAUAUCUUUAACUAGUAUUAAAAUUUUCAGGGAAAUAUACGGCUUAAUUGCAGGACAAUUCAAGAAGAUAUUAUUCAUGCUUACAGCAAACAUUAUAGACAAACAUUUAAGAUAAUUCAAGGAAUCCCACUUCCAUAACAUACACAAUAAUUCAAGGCAUCCCACUUCCAUAACAUACACAAUAAUUCAAGGAAACCCACAUCCAUAACAUACACAAUAAUUCAAGGAAUCCCGCUUCCAUAACAUACACAAUAAUUCAAGGAAUCCCGCUUCCAUAACAUACACAAUAAUUCAAGGAAUCCCGCUUCCAUAACAUACACAAUAAUUCAAGGAAACCCACAUCCAUAACAUACACAAUAAUUCAAGGAAUCCCGCUUCCAUAACAUACACAAUAAUUCAAGGAAUCCCACAUCCAUAAUAUACACAAUAAUUUAAGGAGUCACAUUUUGAUAUGAUGCAUCUAUGCCUUCUUAAUUAAAAUUUAUACUGUUAUUUUUUUAACAUUGGUAACAUGCGCAAACUGCAUAUAAAACCCCCUUCAGUCACAAGCUGGUGUAAUUUUUAAUAACAGUGUUUAAUUGAAUAAAGAAUCAUCUUGUAUGAAAACUUGUGAUGUUUGAUUAAAAGUAUCAAAUGCAAGAAAACAAAAUUAUUUCCUAAUAUGAACCAUGAUACAUUUGUAUAUUAGGCAAGAUUUAUCAUGAUUUUUAUGUAUUCAUUGAUUCUGUAUCAUUUAUUUACUCACAUUAAUGUGAAGCUGGUAUGAUCUCCUGGCAAUGUCUUUAAGAUGUAUGAUGCGGUUAUGUUAUUGAUGAAUAAGUAUUGUUGCAAUUGUAAGUAUUUUUUGUUAAAAGUCUAGUGAAUAAAAUAAGGAAUUUAC